AUGCCCGCCACAUCGCCCGUGAACUACGGGAAGUCACGGUUCUACCGCUGCACGGAACUAGCGCUCUACGACAGCUCGGAGGAUGCCCACGAAGACUGGGGUGAUGGCGGCGCCGAGGGUGGCGCAGAAGCGGGAGGUGGUAGUAGUGGUACCGAAGAUGGCAACGAGCUGGACCUUGGACUAACGACCCGCUCGGGAACUAUGGCGGCUCAAUCGACCGCCGCAAUCGGCGCAACUUCGUCGGAGUCGCCCUCCUCGGUGGCGCUGGCGAAGGUGAACCACCUGCGGCGCGCUCUUGACAGCUACAUCAGCCGGACCCGGAACGAAGUCCUCCUGGACUGUGUGCCACUAGCGGCCAGUCUGAUCAAUUACAUUGUGGCUCGGCGGGCUCAGCUGAGGCCCGAAGAUGACCUCGGGACGGUCGACGGUUUGUGUUGCCCCAUCUGCGAGGGUGUCCUGCGGUACCCCGUGACGGCCACCUGCGGUCACACGUUCUGCCGCCAGUGUUGCUUCGGGCACAGCAGCUGCACGGUCUGCGGCCAGCGGUUCCCAUCCGUGGCCACCGAUCUGGCGACGAUCUGCACGCCAACAUCGACCGCUUCUUCUUCGUCGAUUGCGAAUACCGUUAGCGUUACGCUGGACGCCAACUACAUCCAGUUCCGGAACGAUUCCUUGACAACGUCCAGGUACGCGGGUAGACGCCGCCGCAGCUCGACGAGCGUCGGUUUCGAGCAGGACAUCCUGAUCCGACGGCUCGUCGAGCGCUGGUGGGGCCCGGAGCUGAAAGCGGCCGAUCUGCAGGAGGAAGCGCAGCGCCAUCUGGAGGCCAACUCGCUCGACGAGGCGCUCCGCUGCUGCAACCAAAGCCUGGAGCACGCGCCGAACAGUGCCAAGGGGUUGCAGCUACGGUCGAAGGUGCUGUUCCGCCUGCAGCACUACCAGAGCGCACUGGCCGAUGCCGACGGUGCCGCCCGAUGCCAUCCGUUGUCGCACAAGGCCCACCACUGUCGAGCCCUCUCCCUGUCGGCGUUGCGAAAGAACGAGGACGCGAUCGUGGCGCGCUGUAUCUCAAUAUUCCUAGACCGCCAGUCGGUCGGUGUGAUAGACGACAUGCAAACAGAACUGAUACAAGAUCUUCAGCAGCUCCUGGCAGAACCGGCGCGUCCUGCGAGUACAAAUGCCCUCCAGCCAGAGCGGACCACCGCCAGCCCGACGGAGGAGGACGAAACGGAUCCGGAUCCGCUCGCCACGGUCUUUGACAGUUCCUACGACCUGAUCGCGGGUUGCCGCAAGCGGCGCCACCGGGCGCUGAUCGCGCCGCAGAAGCGGAAGGCGAAGAGGAAGCAGUUCGUCACCCUCCGGCAGGGUGACUUCGACGAGGACCAUUCCGACUACGGCGACGAGGACUACCUGAGUCCGGGCCUGCUGUUCGACUACAUGGACGAUCCGUUCUGCGAGGAGACGGCCCUGCUCGAGCCGACGCGGGCCAACCGGCAGCACCGGAGCCACCACCGGAGGCGCAGGAAAUCGGGUGCGGCCUUGCUGCUCGGGCUCGAGCAGGAUCCGGGACACCUGCGGGACCACCGCUACCACCAACAGCAGGAGCGGGGGACCCUCACGACCAUUCCGAAGGCGGGCCAGAGGCUGCGCUCGCUGCUGGAGCGCAUCGAUGGCGAGCUGGAGGCGAUCCGAUGGUCGGACUCGACGCCCGUCCGGUUGCCGGUGAACCCGGCGCUGAUCGAGGCCUCGGACUUUGACUGCGUCCUGUGCUGCCGGACCCUCUGGCGACCGGUGGUGACCCCGUGCGGUCACACCUACUGCUGGGUUUGUCUCGAUCGCUGCAUGGACUAUUCCUCGUCCUGUCCACUGUGCAUGGCUCCGCUGGUGGAGCAGUUCCGGCACCACGUGGCCGCCAACGGCCAGCCGGAGGCUCCGGAGCGGGUGGCCCAGCCGGGGGGCGGCAGUUCGACGCCUCCGGCCAACUUGAUCUCACUGGCGAUGCGGAAGAUGACCGCCUUCGUCGAUCUCGCCAUGCGCCGCUUCGUCCCGGAGGCGUACGAGCGGCGCCAGCAGCAGGAACAGGACCGCGAACCGACCGUCCCCGUGUUCAUCUGCACCACCGCGUUCCCGUCGGUGCCCUGCCCGCUGUUCGUGUACGAGCAGCGCUACUGGCUGAUGGUGCGCCGGGCGAUCGAGAGCGGCGAACGGCAGUUCGGGAUCGCCCUGCCGACGCAAAACAACCGCCAGCGGUACGUGGAGUACGGCACCAUGCUGGACAUCCGGGACUGUGUGCAGCUCGGCGACGGCUGCUCCAUCCUGUCCACCGUCGGUGGCCGCCGGUUCCGGGUGUUGGCGCGCCACGAGAAGGACGGCUACGAUACGGCCAACGUGGAGUUCUUCGAAGACGAGAAAAUUGCCCCUGGCCCGGGACCGGACGGGGCGGACGCGGAGGGCGCAGGCGAGCGGCUGCAGCUGGUGCGUGAGCUGCACGAGAAGGUUCUCCUGAAGGCGAUCGAUUGGCACCAGAGCCUAGCGGAGAGCCGACGGUGCGAGAUCUUCAAGAGCUUGGGCAAGAUGCCGGACCUGGAGGAGAACUGGGAGGACGUGGCGGACGGGCCGGCGUGGGCUUGGUGGAUCAUUGCGAUCCUGCCCCUGAACGCCAAGCUCAAGGUCGACAUCCUUUCGACGACGAGCCUCGAGAAGCGGCUGCGGGCCAUCGACAAGACGCUCAACCUGGAGUCGGCCCAGCAGAAGCGCCAGCGGUCCGUUUGCGUGAUGGCUGCGGCGGCCGCGGCCGCCGCUUCGUCCGCUGCGUGCUGUGAAGGACUAUCAUCUGCGCAACAGUGCCAAGCGAUUGACUGUUGCCUACGAGAAAGAACUACCUCAAGCGUUCAUAAUCACCACGAUGCCGAGCGGCAGAGCGUGUCCAACCAACACUACCACCUACAUCACCACCAUCACCACCUGAGCUCGGCGGCCGACGAGUACCUGCUGUAGACGAGCUGCGGGCUGCUGCGGCACCGAAACCGGAGUUUCUCGCCCUCCCGGCACGAAUGUAUCCUAAAUCAAUCUUUCCUAAAUCAAUCGAAACGCAACCGAUGGAUCAAUAGUCGAAUCAAACCACAACAGUUCAAGUCGCUACUAGAAGCUAGACACAGAGGGACAGACAGAUAGGCUCGGAAAACUCGGAAAACGUAGUCGGUGUUGCCGAUCCUGGCUGGCGAAAGGAGCUGGCUGGAAGCCGUGAUGUACGAUGCAUUUCAAGUAGGAAGGAUAAGUCCGGUGGGGCUCCCCGAGGCCUCCCGGUGUCCGUUGUAUAUCGUUAUCGAAGAUAGAAGAGAAUCAAGCUUUAAUGAUUGUAAUUCCAAACGCCAAAUGAACUUUUGAAUAUCGAACCAUGUAAUCCGCCUCUUUGAAACUUCCCACUUUUUCUCCGGCCAAUCCCCCGUUCCGUGUAUCCCGUGUGUCUUUCCAGUAUCGGCUAACGCUUUCCGCACACUCUGCACUCUGCACCUAUAACCUUCCCUUUUCUGGGGCCACCCCUUGCUGCUGUACACAGUCCGCUUGAGCUAGCUUUUGGGCUGGUUCCGGUUCAUAUUUAUCCGCAAAGAA